GUUUAGAUUUGGUUUCGCUACUGCUCUGCCGCCGUCCUUUCACGGUGCCUUUCCUCCAGAUAUCGCCGCGUUCGACGCCUCUGUUCGAGUCGAGUAUUUUCUCAAGCAUGGACACUCAAACCCAGCAUCUGCCUCAAGAUUUGAUAACUGGAAUCCUGCUGAGAUUGCCGGUCAAGUCUCUUGUACGCUUCAAGGCUGUGUGCAAGUUUUGGCGCUCUCUCAUAUCCGCUCCCAACUUUGCAAUAUCACAUUUUCAACUUGCUACACCUAGACUCGUGUUCGAUACUGGUUUUGGUAUUCAAACCAUGGACUUAGAUGGAUCGCUUCACUCUAAUCCUAUCUCUCAAGCAAUAAAUGUUGACUUUUUGCCUACCCGCUCUCGUACUCAAAUUGUAGGUUCGUGUAGAGGCUUUCUGUUAUUGGAAUCUAAGAAAACACUUUACCUGUGGAAUCCAUCCACACGUGUCCACAAACCAAUACCUUCAUGUCCUCUUUACACGGAUACUUAUUUAUGUGGUUUUGGUUAUGAUUCAUUAGAGGAUGACUACUUGGUGGUUAUAGUGUCCUUUCAUCCAAGAUCCUCACAUGUGCAAUUUUUCUCAUUGAGAGCUAAUAAGUGGAUAUUUAGUGAGGGUACUUAUUUGCCUCUCUGGAACUACGCUAGUCAGCCAAUACCCGGGUUGCUCUUCAACGAAGCCAUUCACUGGUUGGAUCCUGAUAGCUCAGAUGCUAUUAUUGUCUUUGAUUUAAUGGAAAAGAGACUUUUAGAGAUACCCGUCCCAGAUGAUGUUGCCCAAAAUCUUUCAUCCUGUGAUUUGUGGGUGUAUGGAAGUUUUUUUGAGUCUAUCAGAUAUGGAGUGUGAUCCUAAUACACUUGAAAUAUGGAUUAUGGAAAAAUACAAAGUGCAGUCAUCUUGGACCAAGACUCUUGUUCUAUCUAUGUGUGACAUAUUCUACUUUUCCCCAUUAUAUUCUACAAAAAAUGGUGAUAUAUAUUGUUAUGGAUAGUGCAGGAGGACUUGUGAAAUAUACUGAUAAAGGAGAGCAGCUAGAGGAACGCAGUCUUCAACAUUCUCCAGAACACUCGGUGCCCAUGUAUACAGAAUCAAUCUUCUCACUCCCUGAUGUCAGUGAGCAA